CGCAGUCAGUGCAAGAUAAAAGUGUUAAAAGUGAACGAGUGAGAAAGAUAAAAGUAUGGAAUACCUGAAAGAUCCCUGUUGACACAUUUCUAGCUUGUCAGUUUGACGCUCUUAAAUUGUCUUGAGUUAAUUGUGUAUAUUAUAUACGUAAGGGAGUUUUUAUAUACAUAACUUGCGAGGUAAAAUGGCGACGAUUGGAACUCGACUAUCACCGCUAGCCGGAACUGAUACGUUUGUUAAAAAUGGCUGUGUUACAACUAUUAAUACACGAUUACAAGUAAUGUCUGCAAUGAAAGAGUUUAAACACUACAGUCUUGAGGAGCUUCGAGAUUGGGACUACGAAACUGAUAAGGUUACUAAAGGAAAUAUACGUGGAGCGCAAGGAUUUUUCGAAAGCAUGAAGAAUACACAAGUUAACGAUGACGCAAAACUGUUCAGUGCUGGAGUUAUCCUAACUCCGAGUAACGGCCCGCGUGAAAGUGAUGCGGUUGGGACUCCACGGUCGUAUGAAAUGGUACCUACUGGAGACACAGGACUCGUUCUUUAUCCCAAAACAUGUAUGCAGUGUGUGGUUGAUAUGGCCGCAUUUCGGUUGCUAAGUAUCGAGGAGCUGAGAUUUAAUGAUUAUCGACUGUUACAAUUAACCUCAAGAUUUAACCCAGGCACUCGAAAAAAAAUAUUUACAUAUCCUAAAGGAAGUGAAGAAGAAGUGGUUUUAGGAGAAACACUCAUUUUCUCUACACAACUCGUGUGCAUCACGGCAAUAUCGGAAUAUAUGGAUUUCAGUUUAGAGAUGGAUCACUCAAACCCACAGAUAUGUCGCAAUUGUGGCACCGUUCUUAAACGCAAGUCGUCUCUGCGCCAGCAUGAUAUGAGUGACAGAGGUACUGGGAAGGGAUCUACCUGCUGCGAUAAAGUGUACUUCAGCAAGGCGAAUCUGAACAGAUGUCAUGUACAUGGCGAAGAGAAUGCAUUCGUGUGAACCAAGUGCAGUAAGCCAUUUCCUACAAAUGCUGACCUACAGAAGCACAUGCGGCGGGAAAAUGGGCAGACAAUUGCGUGCGAUAUAUGUGGCGAACGUUUUGCUGAGAAAGUCAAUUUAAAGGCACACAUAGCUAUGAACAACGGAUAACAUAACUUGAAAUGCUUAAUGUGUGACAAAGUAUUCCGGCAUCGGAGUAGCCUGUCUCGUCACAUGAAAGUACACGGCAGUAAUUAAGCCACGCCAAGAGUACAGUUCGCCAAUCAUGCAUUUCGUAUUGUGCUGUCCGUGCGGCCGUUUCAUAUUUCAACGAAACAAUGUUGCAAAACAGAAAUGUAUAAUAAUAUUUAUUUCCAGUAUACUUAUUUAUUUCAGCAUUUUCCCACUAGUGUUUAUAUUUUGAGUGGAUAUUGAUGAACAGCUUGUAACAUUUCAGUUUUCAUAUUUGAGUCGCAAAUCAAAAUUACUGUACGGUCUUUGAUGAAACUGCCCCCUGAAGCGAUUAUGUGUAGUUUCACAAAUUUUCCUCAUUGUCCUUUUACCCGUCCAAACACAGUUUGUGUGGUAUAUUGGAAUCCCCAUGUCAGUCGGCUGUCCGUUACGCUACACAUGUGGACUUUUGACGCAAACCUGUCUCUAAGUUGUUUUGUUAUUGGCAUAAAACUUUAUAAGAUAUGAUGUUUAUUAAAUUUAUACUAUGGCAAAGUGCAAGACGUUAGAUGGUGUAACAGCUAUUUGCUUUUGAGCGUAAUCAAAUUUUGUAUAUCUACAUCAUGUACAAGUCUACUUUUGUUUCGUGCACUAAAGUUUGCAUCUAAAGUUUGUUGUGUAUUAAAAUGAUACUUUUUUAAUGAGUUUUAUACUUUAUACAAUACUUCGUUUAAGUGUUUGUUCUGCUAUUUAUUGCAGAGUUAUCCCAUCUCACUUAGGUAAAUUCUCUUGUUGUUACCUUGCACACGAUACCUACGUCAUUGUACAUGCGAACGUUAUUUUUGUGGAUGCAACACUAUUUUAUAAGGACAAAUUUGCGGCUUAUACAGUUUUAACAAAUAUUAAAAUUAUUGCUUUAAACGUAAAUCUCUUGUUGAUAGUUACUUAGUUGCAUAUAUAUUUCAAUGAUUAUACAAAGUUGUCCAUGGGAUAUUUUAGCGACUGCGGCAACAUUGUAGUAGCUUAUAGUAAUAUAAUGUACAUUGCAAUACCUCCAAGCGCACUGUAGAUACCGGACUUGUAAAUAUGCUUAUUGUAUACUUGGAUGUGAUGCAAUCGGAUUCCAUAAACGUGAGUUUUAAUCAAACAGAGGACGUGUUGGUUAAACAAUAUUUUAGCUCAUAUAUUUCUUAACGAUUCCAUCAACAUAGUAUUGCUUUUUGUGGUAUAAACCUUACAAUCAUUGUAUCAUGUAUUUAUAGAGGGGGUAACCGUCGAUAUGUGCAUUUAUUCAGAGUAAUGCUCCAUGAAACUAGGCGACUAAUUCGAAUAUCUAUGUCUAACACCUAAUCAUUGUGUGUGAUCAAUGUGUAGUCGGAACACAAUUUUGGCAUCAACAUUGUUUUUCGUCUGCUUGAAAGGAGCCAUUUCGGGGGGUAUUUUUCAUCUUCAUUAACGAGUUGUUUGCUGUUUUUCUAGUGCCAUAGUAUUUGUUAUAAAUUGGUGCUUGUGAUAAAUCAUUUAUUAAAAUCUUGUUCUUUAGUUUA